CUUUUUUAUCUCGCGAGACGUGAAAUCUUUUGCCUUAAAGUAUACACUAUAGAAGCUAGUCUGCGAGCUUUUAAAAUAACUUUAAGAAGAAGACAUGACUCUAGAACUGACACGGGGGGCAGUUGAAGCCCUCUUCAAAGGAUCCCAAAUAAACAAUCCAGUGUUGCAGUUACUGAACAUCCGUCAGAUCAGUAACAACACAGGCCCACCCAGGUACCGCCUCAUGAUGAGUGAUGGUCAGCACUUGUUGUCUUCGUUCCUGCUGGCCACCCAGUUGAACCAUCUGGCAGAAGACAACCUCCUUGUACCACAGUGUGUGUGUAUGCUGAGGAGGACCACCACUAACACGUUGUCUGAUGGCCGGCAAGUAGUGGUUGUUGUGGAAAUGAAGAUCUUGAAGUCAGCAGAAGAAGCUGGAGGAAAGAUUGGAAAUCCCACUCCAUAUUUGACAGAUGGAAAGCUGUCAUCUCCACAUAAGUUGUCAUCAACCACCUCUGAACCAGCCUCCGCUUCAGCCGCUGAGGUACCUGGACCCUCCAGCACCAACAACAACAACAAAGACUGGAGAACAGGUUUUAUGGGAAAGGCUCCCAUGAAGACCUCUACCAUGAUGGUUUCACCCAUGAAGACCUCUCCCAUGAAAGGCUCUUCCAUGAUGGUUUCACCAAUUAAGACCUCUCCCAUGAAAGGCUCUUCCAUGAUGGUUUCACCAAUGAAGACCUCUCCCAUGAAAGGCUCUUCCAUGAUGGUUUCACCACUGAAGACCUCUCCCAUGAAAGGCUCUCCCAUGAAGACCUCACCUAUGAAGGCCACCACCAGUUUACCAGGUUCCAUCCCAAAAUCGAUCCCGAUUGCUACCCUCAACCCUUACACCAGCAAGUGGACUAUCAAAGCCAGAGUCACAAAGAAAACUGAAAUCCGUAACUGGAGUAACUCCAAAGGGGACGGCAAGCUCUUCUCCUUUGAGAUAGUGGAUGAGAGUGGAGAAAUUAGGAUCACAGCCUUCAACAACGAAGUGGACAGGUUUUUCUCUCUGGUGGAGCAAGGCAAGGUAUACUACAUCUCAAAAGGUACUCUGAAGGUAGCCAACAAACAGUAUACAACGUUGAAGAACGACUACGAGAUGACCCUCAAUGCUUAUUCAUCCAUUGUGCCUUGUGAGGACAGCCCGGGCAUCCCAACAGUGCAGUGUGACUUUGUGCCCAUUGAGGAACUGGAAAACCGUGACAAAGAUGCCAUCAUUGAUGUAAUUGGAGUGUGCAAGAGUGCAGAUAGUGUGUCCCGUAUCACCACUAAGGCCAGCAGAGAAGUCUCCAAGAGGGCCAUCAACCUAAUAGACACCAGUGGCAAAGUGGUGACAGUCACACUGUGGGGAGAAGAGGCGGAGAAGUUUGACGACUCAGGACAGCCUGUUGUUGCCAUCAAAGGAGCUCGCUUGUCUGAUUUUGGGGGCAGAUCUCUCUCAGUUUUGUUCAGUUCAACAAUCAUGGUCAAUCCAGAUAUACCCGAAGCCUUCAGGCUCAGGGCUUGGUAUGACCAGGAAGGUUAUGCAGUUGACAGCCAGUCAUUAACAGAAACCAUGUCAAGAAGCAUUGGAUCAAAGAUGAACUGGAGAAUGCUCAGCGAUGUUAAGAAUGAAAACAUGGGGCACGGAGAGAAGGCAGAGUAUUUUAGCUGCGUGGCGACAGUGGUAUACAUGCGUAAAGAGAAUUGUUUGUAUCGGGCCUGUCCAUCCGGUGAUUGCAACAAGAAGGUCAUAGACCAACAGAACGGUUUUUACCGCUGUGAAAAGUGUAACCGAGAGUUCCCCAACUUCAGAUAUAGACUUCUACUUUCAGCUAACUUGGCAGACUUCGGGGAUAACCAGUGGGUGACAUGCUUCCAGGAGACAGCUGAGGUCCUGCUGGGUCGCAACGCAGAAGAGCUGGGACAGCUCAGAGAAACCGACGAGGCAGAGUUUGAUGAAGUCUUCCAGAAAGCCAACUUCACCACCCACAUCUUUAAAAACCGUGUUAAGCUGGAGACGUAUAAUGAUGAGAGUCGGGUGAAGGUGACCGUAAUGGAGGUGCUUCCCGUCGACCACAGAGAAUACAGCAGGCGACUACUCAGUAACAUCCAGAAAUUGACUCGCUGACCUUUGGUUCUUGACAUCCAUAUGGCUGCCUGAUAAUUACACAUAUCUUCACUUGGUUUCUGACUGGACUGUGACUGGUUUGGGUCUUUUCCCAAACAUCAAAAUAUCAUAUCUGAUACGGGAGCAGCUGGUGAGACGGGGGAAAAAAAAGACUGAUGGGUUGUUGUUUUUUCCUUCAACGUGCUCUAAUUUUUACUCAAAGGCACAAAUGGAAAGAGUAUUAAUAGCAGUUUUAACAUUGGAGUUUCUUUGUUUUUGAAAAAAUGUAACUUAAUUUGUGCAAUUUGUAAAUUUUUCACUUAUUUUCUUAUCCCUUGUCAUGUAGCUGUUCAGUUAAGGAUCUGCUCUGUUUAAAGAGGGACUUAUUUUGGUUUAAAGCAUGUUGAUGUUCACUGUUAGUUGACUAAGAGAUAAAAAGCUCUUUAAUUUUCUGAGUUAUUUCUACAAAUGUAACAAUAGUGCAUAAGAGUUCCUCUUUAAUCCGUGUUCAGUGUUUUUUUCUUGUCAAAUCAUUGUUCAGAGUUUUCUUUUGUUUGCUGAGUCUUGUUUGCCUCUGAAAAAUGUCAAACUAGGAAAAAAGUGAUUAAAAUCGCUUUAAGAUAUCCAA